CCAAAUAAAUUUAAGUUUGGAAUUGCCCGAAGGAUUGGAACAAUGCCUUAUUUAUUUGGAAACUGUAAGCGAGAAGGGGAGAAACUUUAUUAUUAAAGAGGCUUUAAUCAAAUACAUUGAAGACAUGGAAGAUAUUCAAAAACUUUCUCUUUGGGAGGAAAUUAAAAGGUUAGUGCGAAUGUAUUCUUUCGUUGAUGACGUAAUAUUAGACCCUUUUGCCGGUAACGGAACCACCUUAAAAGUCGCCCGAGAAUUAGGAAGAAAUUGG